AUGAAUGUUUCUAUUCAAGAUUCAUAUAACCUGAUAUGGAAACUGGGGGCAGUUAUUACAAAUGGCGCGGACCCUUCUAUCUUAGAAACAUAUGAUAGUGAACGGCGUCCGGUUGCCAAGCAACUUAUGGAUCUUGAUGAAAGUCUGGUGCAAGCAUAUGAGAAAGAGGAAAACGAUACCUCAAGCGGAAUUUACGAAGUCCGCGAGAAGUAUGCUGGUUUCAUGGCCGGGGUCGACGUGACGUAUAGUCAUAGCACCUUGAUCACCAAAGGGAAAGAAAACGAUAAUUCAAAUCUUGCAAGGAAUAUGAAGCCGGGCAUGCGUUUACCGUCUUUCCUCGUCGUUCAAAUUUGCGAUGGAGUGCCUUUGCAUCUGGCCCAGAAGCUUGCGAGUGACGGAUCGUGGAGAGUUCUAGUGUUUCCGGGUGAUCUAAGCCAGCCAGCGAGGAUGAAAGCUUUGGCCAAUUUUGCGGACUAUUUCAGCAAACACUCUUACCUCAGCCACUUACAACGCAUACAAAGUUCGGAAUUGCGCUGCCCUAUCGUGGAAUUGCUUCUCAUACAGUCAUGCCCUAGGAGCGCCGUCAAUCUGCUUGAUUUUCCAGAACUGUUCCACCCGUUUGAUGAUAUAAUGGGCUGGGAUUACUGGAAAACGUUUGCUGAUGAUAGGGACCAAGCUUACAACGGAUACGGCAUUGAUAAGGAGGGCACAGGAUGUCUUGUACUGUGUCGGCCGGAUCAGCACAUCGCAUGGAUAGGCAGUAUGGAAGACACGGCUGGUUUGGAUCAAUACUUCUCAACCUUGUUUGAGCCGUCGGGGAAGAGAAAGCGAUAA